GUGUUAGCGCCGGUCUUUUUAGCUUCUAGCGCCCCUCAGAAGGUCUUUCGCGCAGCUUGACCAUGACGAACGUUGCUGAUACCAAAUUAUACGACAUUCUCGGUGUGUCCCCGUCUGCUUCUGAAAAUGAACUGAAAAAGGCCUACCGGAAAUUGGCAAAAGAAUACCACCCUGACAAGAACCCCAAUGCUGGAGAUAAGUUCAAAGAGAUCAGCUUUGCAUAUGAAGUACUAACUAACCCAGAGAAGAAGGAGCUCUAUGACCGCUAUGGGGAACAGGGCCUGCGAGAAGGAGGAGGGGGAGGUCCUGGCAUGGAUGACAUCUUCUCCCACAUCUUUGGCGGAGGCCUCUUUGGCUUCAUGGGUGGACAGGGGCGCAGCCGGAAUGGGGGGCGACGGAGAGGAGAGGACAUGGUCCACCCUCUAAAAGUAUCUCUUGAAGAUCUAUAUAAUGGGAAAACAACUAAAUUACAGCUGAGCAAGAAUGUUCUGUGUAGCACUUGUAAUGGUCAGGGUGGGAAGACUGGGGCAGUGCAGAAGUGUUCGACCUGCAGGGGGCGUGGUAUGCGCAUCAUGAUCCGACAGCUGGCUCCUGGAAUGGUCCAACAGAUGCAGUCUGUCUGCACUGAUUGCAAUGGUGAAGGUGAGGUGAUAAGUGAGAAAGACCGUUGUAAAAAGUGUGAAGGGAAGAAGGUGGUAAAGGAGGUGAAGAUUCUGGAGGUGCACGUGGACAAAGGCAUGAGGCAUGGACAGAAGAUCACUUUUGGCGGGGAGGCGGACCAGGCACCUGGCAUGGAGCCUGGAGACAUUGUCCUCGUCCUUCAGGAGAAGGAGCAUGAGACGUUCAAAAGAGAUGGCCAUGACUUGCACAUGAUCCAUAAGAUUGGCCUGGUUGAAGCACUUUGUGGAUUCCAGUUCACCUUGAAACACUUAGAUGGUAGGCAGAUUGUAGUGAAGUACCCUGCAGGCAAAGUCAUCGAGCCAGGUUCUGUCAGGGUUGUGAGAGGUGAGGGCAUGCCACAAUACCGUAACCCCUUUGAGAAGGGGGAUCUGUUCAUCAAAUUUGAGGUGCAGUUUCCAGACAACAACUGGAUUAGCCCAGAGAAAUUAAAGGAGCUGGAGGACCUGCUACCUGUGCGCUCUGAUCCUCCUGUUGUCACCGGGGACACAGAGGAAGUCGACCUGCAGGACUUUGAUGUCAACCAGAGCUCUGGCGGCAGCCACCGCCGUGAAGCCUAUAAUGACAGCUCUGACGAGGAGGGUGGGCAUCAUGGGCCUGGAGUACAGUGUGCCCAUCAGUCUGCCUUAAAUGGUGGAAGACUGACUAGUGAUCAACUGCUCAUUGUGAAUGAACAUGAGCCCACGUUCCUGUCCCACACAUCUUAAGGCCAGGAGCAGUCCCAUAUCAGAGGGGGAGAAGGUCAUUUCUUAUACUUUGAGUGUAACUUGCUUUUGUUGUCAUCAUAGUAUUUAGAGUUAAUUUAAAGUACACACAUGCAGUUUGUGUUGAAAUCAAUCCUGUUUAAAAGGGGGCAAGUUUAAAAAAAAGUAAUAGAAUAACAUACCUUUGACAGUCACCAUAACAUUUUUAGGUUUGUAUCUGAGUUUGAUUUUUACCACUUUUUUGUAGAUUUUUCCUUUCCAUUUUAAUUGGUUAAAUAACUAAGCAUUGUGUAUAAAGUGAUUGUCAUUUAAGCUUUAUCAGCUGCUGUCACACAUUAAGUGUGGGUUUAUAAACUAGUUGAAAUUGAGUUCUGUUGCCUGUAUGUCUUCAGCCCAGGUGCAUGCUGGGAAAAAGCUUUGGUCAACCAUCCAACUUCAAAGUGACAUACCUAAUGAAAGGGGGAGCAGCCAUUAGCAUAAAUUUUGUGAAAGUUUAUGAAGUUGUUAAAUAAAAGCUUACAUAUCUCAA